GGGGAAGGGAGGCAGUGGCGUCGUCCCUUUAAAUCCUGGACGCCCUGCCUACUUCCAUCCGGCUCUCCUACAGGAGAAAGCUAGUUUGUGCGAAGGCGGAGCCUAUAGGCUACAGCUAGAAAAACCUGCGGGCGGAGUUGGCGAAGAAGCCAAGGCGCAGAGGGUCCAGGCUCCAUCUUGCUCCCUCCUACAUCGGUUGGAAGAGAAAAGUUUGUGAAUUGGACCCCCAAGUUUGGGGGAACCCGAGCUUGCGACGUAGGGUAACAGAGGAGGCUCGUGGGAGCUUCCCCCAUGGAGCCCACCCACCCUGCAGAGGAUCUCAGCCUGACCCAACAGCCUUCCACCCCAGAAUUUGGGGACCCAGAAGACCCCAGGGAUGAGGCCCCUGACGGUUCAGACACUGUGGUCCUCAGUCUUUUCCCCUGCACCCCAGAGCCUGGGAUUGCUGAACCAGAUGCUGGCACCUCCUCACCUCAGGCAGGCAGCUCCCUGAAGCACUCCACAACCCUCACCAACCGGCAACGGGGGAAUGAGGUGUCCGCCCUGCCAGCAACCUUGGACUCCCUGUCCAUCCACCAGCUUGCAGCCCAGGGGGAGCUGAGCCAGCUGAAGGAGCAUCUGAGGAAAGGCGACAACCUCAUCAACAAGCCGGACGAGCGAGGCUUCACUCCGCUCAUCUGGGCCUCUGCCUUCGGAGAGAUCGAGACCGUCCGCUUCUUGCUCGAGUGGGGUGCCGACCCCCACAUCUUGGCCAAGGAACGGGAGAGCGCCCUGUCACUGGCCAGCACGGGUGGCUAUACAGAUAUUGUGGGGCUGCUGCUGGAGCGUGAUGUGGACAUCAACAUCUAUGACUGGAACGGAGGGACACCACUGCUGUACGCCGUGCGUGGGAACCAUGUGAAGUGUGUCGAGGCCCUGCUGGAGACCCUGGAGGUGGAGAUUCUGUUGGCCAUAUCUCAUCAAAGAGGUCAGGUACUUGUCCAAGGCCACGCAGGCAACCAGCAGACUUGUGGCUGUAUUAUGUUAGUCACUAGACCUCCUAAGUCUUUCUGCGCCACCCAGGUGCCUGGUCCCUAGGCCCCUGGUCUCCAGUCCCCUUUGCAGCGUCUACUCUGCUUUGCAGCCCGAGGAGCUGAUCUCACCACUGAAGCAGACUCUGGCUACACCCCAAUGGACCUCGCCGUGGCUCUGGGAUAUCGGAAAG